AUGGCAAGCGAUUUGCUGGCGCUUCUAGACCACCCUGGAUUCGAGAAAGCGGUCGUGGCCGGCAGCGAUGUGGGCGGUAUUGUCGCGCAGAAACUUGCCUUCCUCCAUCCGAACAGGCUUUUGGGGCUCGUCAUAUUCCACACGCCAAUCCUUGGCACCAUGAUGCACCUCAUCCACCACGACAAGGAACAACAAAGCCUUUCGGAGUAUUCACUGAAGUACAUCAGCCAUAAUCCGGGAGAUCCAUACGAUUUAGACCACGUUGUUCGCACGAUUCCGGAUCCUGCCUAUCUCGCCGAUAUCAAGAACUAUUUACAAGAAUCUCCCGAAUAUGGUAUGUUUUACUUCCUCCGUAAGAACUUUCCAGGCCCCCCCUACGGUCAGAACAUUGACACCUCGGGAAUGCAUUACAAAAUGCCAUGUUUGGUUGUCUGGGGGAUGCAAGAACCAUACUUCUCGGACAAGAUGCUUGAUGGGUUUUAA